AUGAGUGAUGCAAACACUAACCUAAUGGAAAAAAAUCAUAUUCCAAAUUAUGGGUCAACAACAAAUUUGGUUGAAGAAUUUCACUGUCAUAGUGAUGAGGGUGACAAGCCAACAACCGAUCGACGAGCCAUUCGUACUCUUUGGACAUCUGCGAUUAUUUGCUUAAUUUUUAUCAUUUCUGAAAUUAUUGGUGGCUAUUUAGCUCAAUCAUUAGCAAUUAUCACGGAUGCGGCGCAUUUGUUAACUGAUUUUGCCGGUAUGUUGGUAUCAUUAUUUGCUCUAUAUGUGUCCAAAAAACCCGCGUCACAACGAAUGAGUUUUGGUUGGCAUCGUGCUGAAGUAAUGGGUGCAUUCAUUUCCGUUUUUAUGAUUUGGAUCAUAACCGGAAUAUUAGUUUAUAUGGCAAUUGAUCGAAUCACUAGAGGUUCAUAUCAUAUUGAUGCAUCUAUUAUGGCAAUUACUGCUGCACUUGGUGUUAUCGUUAAUUUCAUUAUGGCAAUAUUGCUUUAUUUUGGUGGACAUACACAUUCUCAUAGUGGUCAUGCGCAUUUGUCGCACUCUACAAAUUCGCCUAAUAGCGCCAACAUUAACGUAAGAGCAGCAAUGAUUCAUGUUAUCGGUGAUUUAUUGCAAAGUAUUGGAGUGCUUAUUGCUGCAUUACUUAUUUUUUGCAAUGAUUCGUGGUCUAUUGCAGAUCCAAUUUGUACAAUAAUUUUUUCAAUCAUUGUCCUUUGUACGACAAUUUACAUUGUUCGAGAUGCAAUGUUUGUCCUACUUGAAGGUUCACCAUCAAACAUUAAUUUUCGUACCGUAUUUGAUUCAUUGGAGCAAAUUAAUGGUGUUGAAAAAGUGCAUAAUUUACGAAUAUGGUCAUUAACGCUUGAUAAGAUAGCGAUAAGUGUACAUUUGGAGAUUACACCAGGCGCAAAUGCCCAAUGGAUUUUAAAACAAACAACGCAAAUGUUACGAGAUCAAUAUAAUGUGAUGGAAAGUACGGUGCAAAUUGAGGGUUAUAAUCCGGAAAAGCAAGAUUGUAAUCGAUGCAUACCGCCACCUUUAUAA